AUGUCAAAUGCUCUUGACCUACCUAGCAGCUGGCAACCCCAGAAAGCCCUUACUAUCAUCAAGCCGCACAGCUCAGCACCGUCAACAAUCAGACCACACACUCCGACCCCGAUGACUGUAACUCCUACAGGGCCUUAUGUCAAUGUUGAGAAGUAUUACCUGGAGUUCUUUCUUAAGCAGACAGCCGCUAUGGUGAGCAGAUCUAGUGCUGCUCCAUACUUCUGGCACACUCUUGUUCCUCAAGCAGCCUGGGCUUAUCCUAGUGUUCGACAUGCUAUGCUGGCCGCAGCAAUGUCGUCUGAAUCGCUGGUGAGACGAGACAGCGAUUCCGCCACUGGUAAGCGUAACCAGCUACAGGUCUUGGAUCACGCCUCGCAAGCCGUGCAAGCUCUUCUUCUCAAUGACGUUCCGAUCGAUGUCAUCUUGUUGACUUCUGCAACACUGGGUAUACUGGAGCUGUUUCGUGGAUCUUGGAGCACCGCUUGCACUCAUGUAACCUCAGGAGCAAAGCUUGCGAAACACACAAAAGCAGACAAAAUGCAUGAGCCACAUAUCAAGUUCUAUUGUGAGGCCUUUGCAAGCGCUCUCCCUACUGUCUUAUCAAGCAAUCAGACCCAAGAUGUCAGACCUUCCCAGCACGAGAGUUCCGUGACAAGGCUAGUCGAGGCCGUAAAGAGCUUACGGCUCGGUCUGCAAGACCUUACAGAAGCUGCAGACAAAGUCGAGCACCACAAGGGAUCAGACAAGACUCAGAUUUUGAGCAUUCUGAAAAACGCAAGAGUGGAGACUAAAUGGAUACUACAGCGCUGGGAAAUCCUCUUGCGCGAAGAGCUACACACCACUUCACCACUAGAUGUGGAUUCUCAGCUUCACAUUCCUCAAGUGGCGUCUCCCUGGUCCAAUGUCAUAGUCAGCCUCGACUCUUACCUUGACCAGAGGGCCGACUUUGAAGUACGAAAAUUCGAGGUCGCCAUGGGACGAACUCUUCCCUUCUAUAUGUUAGCGAAAUCCGGCCCGCACAUCAAAAUGCGUGAGGAUGCUGUAGAGCUCAUGUAUACGAGCUCCAAGCUACGUGGUUUGACAAAGACAACUUCAUUGCCUUAUUCAAGCAAUCAUCUGGUGAAGGACGAAGGUUGA